AUGUCGACGCCAGCCCUCGCUUCUCGAAACACAGUCAAAUGGCCCAAAUACUCUGAAGAAGAAGACCAUUUGAUCAUCUUUUUAAAAGAGGCUAAGAAGCUUACGUGGCGCGAAAUCAUUGAGUGUUUCAAGAAGCAUUUCAAUCGCGGUGGACCCACUAUUCAAACCCGUUACUCUCAAAAACUGAACAAGAGGGAUAGAAACCAAGAUCCACCGAGGCUUCGAUUGCCCGCCAAAUACGCAGCAGAAGCAGGGAUAGACUGGGGGACUGCCCAACGUGACACCCCUCGGUCCGCGGAAACGAGUGCAGAGGUCCAUGAAGCACAGGUCGUAAAUCACCAAUUUCACCACAAGGCCCUGGUCCAACCAAGACUACCACUAGAUGUGGAUUCUUCGCUUGAUGUGUCCUCCGCAAAUGAGUCCGCCCGGCCGAGACGACGACCACGAAGGUCGGUCCAAACAUCAAACGCUGCAGACCCAUUGGAUGAUGAAUCCCCGAUGGCACAAACACUAAAUUGGAAAGCCCCUUUCCAGUCCCCCGAGCAAUCUGUAGAGCCCUCAGUUGGUCCCGAAGAUGUUAUCCCCAUUGAUACACCGAUGGAAAUGGGUUGGCAACAAGAAGCCGCAGAUGCAAGACUCGCAAUUCUUACAUCUCAGUCACGACAGCCGGUCACGUCUGGAGGAUAUCUUCCAUAUCUGACAUCCGCACAACAGUGGGAUCAGCGUAGUGGCCGCAGCUGGCAAUGCACCGUCAUCCACGUCGACUUUGACUACGAUGAAAUCGAGGUUGUAGAGCAAUCGCCCCACGGUUCCCAAAGGCGGCUGCAGAAAUUGAUGAAGGCUCAGACUGAACCUCAGCUACUGCAUACCCGGGACAAGGAUAGCAUUGAUGCCUUUCUGCAAGAUGCCAGACAGGGGAUGCUUCGCGCAACUCCACAUAUCGAUAGAUUAGGAGCAGUCAGGCAAAAUCGAAAGCUCAGCACAAACCUAAAAGCGUCCACUUCUUCGCUUGUUCGACAAAGAGAACUCGGUCUUCAGUCAAGGAGAGGGUGGAAAGCAGCAUCGAGACCCCUUUCGUACCAAAUGAGGAAUAAUGUUUACGAUACUCUAGGUCCCGCGUACUAUUUCACAGGAGCAUCCAGUGACGUUCAUACCGUAGCCUGGUCCCCCGACGGCCAAUGCUUUGUAGCCGGUGCUGUGUGUGUAACAGAUCCUGACUCAAUGCAAUACAAUCGACCGAACAAUCUACUGUUUGGGGACAUCACGAACAAAGUCAUCCAUGAGCUUGGCGAACACAAGAUUGAUCGGAAACGAACCGAGACUGGCCCCAAUUCGACAUACGCUAUGUAUGUAUCGCAGGAUCCUAAGCUCUAUACUACGGUCUCUGCGGUUGCCUUCUCUCCUAAUGGGGAUUACAUGUUCUCCGCAGGUUACGACAAGCAUGCUAUUGUUUGGGGGACACGCCAAAAUGGUUCUCAACCAGAGUUAAUCAAGGCCUUGAAACACAAGGCUAAGGUUGACCUUUUGGCCGUUGGUUGUCAUGGCCUUGUUGCCACAGCGGCGAAGAAAUGGACGACAAAUGCCGUCAAAGUCAUGAACCUCGAGGAUCCCGAAAAUAUUGUCAGAUGGUCGUACACAUCAGCAAAGGCCCGUGAACGACCCGAUAUGAACAUUCUACCAACGUCUCUAAAAUUCGAGCCCAAUCAUGGACGCAUGCUACUUGCCGGCUUCGGGGCAAACAUGCGUGAGGAUCGCCUAGACACGAGUGGGGACAUAUGCUUGUGGGAUGUUGUAACCCAGACGCAAUUGCACGUUCAUGGCACAUCAAGGAAUGUCUUUGACGUUGCUUUCAACUCGUGUCAAAGAACUGCUCCCCUGUUCGCUGUUGGUUGCGUUGCCAGUCAGAACGUGAACAGAGGCACGCGGUCACUGGUUCGCUUUCAUGACGGUCGAGGCGAAGGGAAGUACUCAGCGUUAAUGGAACUAGAGUGCCCUGCGCUUGACAUGAACGACAUACUCUUUUGUCCCUACGAUGAGAAUAUCGUCGCGGCUGGUUGCACGAGUGGUAGUACAUAUAUUUGGGACAUCAGGAGGCCGGCUUCUUGGCUCUACAAACUCACGCAUGGGAAAUCCUUGAUGCCGCUUCACGAAGACCUUGAUCGAGAGAUCUCCGAUACCGGCGUGCGAUUUGUAUCAUGGGGGAACAAUGCCACACGACUAUAUACAGGGUCUUCUGACGGCGUAGUUAAAGUCUGGGACGUUGCCCGCUCGUCAGAAGAUGUCUUCAUUAAAGACAUCAUGACUGUCGACUCCGGUAUCAUGUCCGGCGCUUUUAGCCCGGAUAAGAGUAGGCUUCUGAUCGGUGAGGUCAACGGGUCGAUCAAUGUACUCGAAGUCGGAAGGGAGGAUUGCUCAGCCAAAGAUACUGCGAAGCUAAAGUAUCGUCAUUAUGAAGAAAGCGAUGAACCAGACUCGCAACCAGUCGUUCAUACGGACGCCGAUUCUGGAAGAGCAAUUGCAUCUGAUCUUCUCGCCAGCGGAGAAAUGGUCAUUGCCAAUUUCGGCGGCCUUCCCAUUUGUCAAGCUGUUCAAGGCCCGAGUUAUGCAGGGCCGUUCGAUCAUAGUGUGGAGGCACCAUUUCUCCGCGAGCAAGCUCUUGACUUUCAACUUAGUCUAGUAACAGACCCGGGUCCGCAGUGCGAUAUAUCGAAUUGCCAAGGCAGCGGCUUCACGAAAGUCACGAGCGAAGAAGCCGGAGAUUCGGGUAAAAGUGGUGAUCGCAUUCCCGAUGCGCUGCGCCAACAGUGGAAGGCGAUUGUCUCGGAUCUAACCGUCAUCCCUGGAAAGACGAAAUGCACGCAGUGUGGACGUCCUGCACGACCGUCGGAUUCGACCAGCGGCGCCAGAGAAGCAGAAUCGUUGCUCUGUGAACGCUGCUCAUUCGCAUGUUUUAGGUGUGGAGCCCCGAUUUCUAUUGCGCCUGACACUGAGAUCCUGGCUUGUGGCUCCUGUAAACGGGUUUGGGAGAUCGGGGCUUUAGGAUAUGAUUGUGUUCAGGAAAGCAAUAGCAAAGUCAACUUCUCGGAUAUACCACAACUUACUUUCACUAUGGAAAAGGGCGCCUUGACAAAGAGGUUGAGCGGAAAUGACGCCUGUACGACAUUCGGAGAUGAAAUGAAUGCUCUCACAGAUUACUAUCACUCACUGGCGCUUGACCGGCCUCUGUCACCACCGCUAUGAAGUCAGUCCUGUGGUUGAGGCGGCAUUGAAAUGGAUUUUGGGGAAUUGUGGGUUUCAGUUGCAUUGCUGACGCCAAUGUUUCUGUGCCAUUUUAGAACGGUUAGCAUGCCAUGCCGUAUCGCAUUGAUCGCCAUUUGCCCAGCAGGCCGAUUUUAUUUGGCGGCGUUAGAGGGCCUCCAUAUAAGGCGCGCUGCAGCAUGUGGUAGCAUUGGGUAUUAGGCAUUAUUUAGCGAUUGGUCUAGAAGACCGAUCACUCCUUUUUAUCUCGG